AUGGAUGGCGAAGAGAAUAGUUUUAACUUAUUCAUCCAGUGUUCUAAAAGUAUAGAGUGUUGGAUAAGAGUGGGUUUGUGGCCUUUGUUGCAGCGGAUUAGUAGUAAUGAAGAAUUAUUUGCGUCUGUGAUUUUCUCCUUUUUGCAGGUUUCCAACCAUGACCAAAAAGCGAUUUUCUCAGUUACCUUAUGGAGUAUCUGGAAAGGGAGAAAUAAUCAGGUUUGGAAUCAGGUGGAAGACUCUCCGACGCUCAUCUGUCAGCGGGCAAGUCAGUUGUUGACAGAUUGGAAAGAAGCUCAGAAAUAUCGCCUCAACAAUGAGAUUAUUACUUCACCGCCAGCUAUUAUCAGAUGGGAAAAACCGCAGAGGGGCAGAUUUAAGUGCAAUAUUGACGCCGCUUUUUCUCAUAAUAAGGUUGGUUUUGGUGCCUGUAUUAGAGAUGAAUUGGGUAAUUUCAUUGUAGCUCGGACUGAAUGGUUCUCUCCUUGCACCGAUGUUGUUAUUGGCGAGGCUCUAGGCCUUCUGAAAGCUGUUAACUGGGUCCAUGAUAUGGGGUACGACAAUAUGGAUUUUGAAUUAGAUGCUAAGCGGGUUAUGGAUAGUGUAACCUCUCCGAGACCUAAUGACUCGGAUCUAGGCGCUAUUACGGAAGAAUGUAACCGGUUGAUGGCCCUCUUCUUUAGGAACUCUCAUGUUAAGUUCGUUAGAAGACAAGCUAAUGAGGUUGCUCACGCUCUUGCACGGGUGGCUCCAUUUAUGGCUAGUUUUCAUAAUUUCUAUGAUAUUCCAACAUGUAUUCAGAAUAUUAUUAUUAAUGAAAUGAGUUAA